GAAAAGCGGCGUGAGUAUGUUAAAGAUUUUGUGUUUAAACGUCACUGGCGACGCAUCAGGUGUUAAAGGUUAAAAAAGGAACCGAAUUUUGGGCGGAAAUCAUAUCUCCUGGAAGUCCUUUCACCUUUCCUAAAUUAAUUUAUAAAAAAGCGCAGGAGUGAGAUAUAAAUUGAACAGCAGCAACCAGGAAGAGUAAUUAAUCAACCAAAUCAAAGCUUUGUGUUAACAUUGCUGUCUAAUUUAAUGGCAUGUGUCUGCUGUCAUGCUCUGAGGCAGACGCACAUGAAGCAGUCUGACUGACAAGUGAAAGGUAGCAUAGUAAUAAUAAUAAUAAUGAUAAUAAUCUGACGCUUCAUAAGCUGAAAACCGCCGCGCGCCGCAGAUCCCCGCCAUGGGGGUGUGGAUCGAGGGGUGACACCCAUAAAAGCAGACGCAGGCUGCUGACACGCACUGUGACGCGCCUGUCGUGGAUGCGCAGCGCUGCAGAUCGGUUAGGAUGCGGGAACAUGUGAAAUGAAAUGAUGCCUUCUCUCAUGUGAAACUGCGGAGACAAAUCUCACGGCUUUGGCUCUUUCAUAAGAAAAAGAAACAUUCAGGAUCAUGGAUGUGGCAUCUGACAGUUCGGGCGCAGGAGCUCUCAGGAAUCUCCUAGUGACCUCCGUGACUCUGCUGCUCGCACUUCACCUGUGGCUUUGGCUCCGCCGGCGCUCCACCCCCCGCCUCCCCGGUCCGUUUGCUUGGCCGCUCAUCGGGAACGCUGCGCAGCUCGGUAGCGCGCCUCACCUGUACUUGACGCGCCUGGUGAGAAAAUACGGCAACAUCUUCCAGAUCCAGCUGGGCUCGCGGCCCGUAGUGGUGCUGAACGGGGACGCCAUCCGCCAGGCGCUGGUGAAGCAGGGGCCCGACUUCGCCGGCAGACCCGACUUCACCUCCUUCCGCUUCAUCGCUAACGGGGACAGCCUGGCCUUCAGCACUGUCUCGGACUGGUGGAAGACUCACCGCAGGAUCGCGCACUCCACUGUGCGCAUGUUUUCCACGGGGAACCCGCAAACCAAGAAGACUUUUGAGCAGCACGUGCUCUCUGAAUUCAGAGAGCUGCUGGGGCUGUUCUUGGCCAAAACCCGCGAGAUGCAGUUCUUUCAGCCCAUGACUUAUCUGGUGGUGUCCACGGCCAACGUGAUGAGCGCGGUCUGCUUCGGGAAGAGGUACUCCUACGGCGAUGAAGAAUUUCGACAGGUGGUCGGCAGGAACGAGCAGUUCACCCAGACCGUGGGCGCGGGGAGCAUCGUGGACGUGAUGCCCUGGCUCCAGUAUUUCCCCAACCCCAUCAAGACGAUCUUUGACAACUUCAAGACGCUCAACAGGGAGUUCACCAACUUUAUCCACGAUAAGGUGGAGGAACACAGGAAAAGCAUGGAGUCCAAGACCAUCAGAGACAUGACUGACGCUUUCAUUGUGGCUCUGGACCAUCUCAGAGACAAAACGGGGGCUUUGGUGGAGAAAGACUAUGUGGUAUCCACGGUUGGAGACAUAUUUGGUGCAAGUCAAGAUACCCUGUCAACUGCCAUGCAAUGGAUCAUCCUUGUUCUUGUCAAGUAUCCUGAGAUGCAGCAGCGUCUCCAGCAGGAGGUGGACAGAGUGGUGGGUGGCGAGCGCUUCCCCUCCAUUGAAGACCAGCCCCAGCUGCCGUACAUCAUGGCCUUCAUCUAUGAAGUGAUGCGCUUCACCAGCUUCGUCCCGCUCACCAUCCCCCACUGCACAGUAACGGACACCUCCAUCAUGAGCUACACCAUCCCCAAGAACACAGUCAUCUUCGUCAACCAGUGGUCCAUCAACCACGACCCCAGCGUGUGGUCCCACCCAGACACCUUUGACCCUGAGCGCUUCCUGGACCCACAGGGGAAGCUGAACAAGGACUUAAUCAGCAACGUGCUCAUCUUCUCUCUGGGGAAGCGGCGCUGCAUUGGGGAGGAGCUGUCAAAACUGCAGCUGUUUCUCUUCGUGGCCUUGAUCACACACCAGUGCAACAUCACCACACACCCAGAGAGGCCGCCCAUCCUGGAAUCCCACUACGGCCUGACGCUGAAACCUCACGCCUAUGUCAUAGCGGUGUCGCUACGCCAAGACGCCACAGCAACCCUAUGAGAGGUUGAAGGCCAGCUCACCAAACACCAGCAGAAAUAAACUACAGAAAGACUUAAACAUG